UUGAGUGAAGCUGCUGGUGGAGGUGUUCCCUCGCUCUUCACUCUCCCUCUUCUCUCCCUUGAAAUAUGAGUCAGACUGAGCGAAACUUCAGCGUGAAGAGGAAAUACACCGACCUUUCUCUAGACCUGAACUUGGAUCAAGCUGCAGCAGAUGAAGCUUGGACUAGCUACGAGAAUAUCCAGCUUAAAUAUACCUUGGAGGGUGAGCAGCUACCAUGGCUGGCAUGUGCGUUGUAUGCUGCUUGCAGACGAAGAUCUGUGCCCACAGUUGGAGGUCGCCCAGGAAAUGUUAUCCAGGGCAACUGUGUAUCUCUCACUCGUAUGCUGCAGCACUGCAACCUACCGUUGACAGAAUUCAUCAAGAAGAUGAAGUCUUGGCUGGCUAUGUCUCACUUUGACGAGGGUUUCUGCCGCCGAGUGGAGUUACUGGAGCGCAACUUUGCCGUCUCCAACAACAUCUUCAAGAAGUACAAACCCAUCUUCCUGGAUCUCUUCCAGGAUCCUGCCAAUGACCUGCCGCGGCCGCCCAGGUCACGCAAACAACGUCGACCGCCGUGCAAUUCCACCGAAAUCUUUCAUUUUUGCUGGACUUUAUAUAUUUUAAUUAAAGGGAAGUAUCCCAGUAUUCCCCAGGACCUAGUUAGCUGUUACUCAUUACUCCUCGCAUCUAUUGAUCUCAUUUAUGGCAACGUUGUUCUCUCCAACCGUAAAGAUCUCAUCAAUCCCGACUGCCAAGGUGUACCCAAAGAUUUUUUUAACACUGACUGGAAUGCAGGUGAGCUUGCCUCGUGGCCAGUCUCCAUCAUGGAUUACCUCUGUGAGAAGUUUGAAGGUGUCCUGGUGGAAACCAAAGUCGUUCGAGAGUACUACUGGAACAAGCACAUCAAGGAUCUCAUAGAUAAAAAAGUACUUAAAGGUGGAGCAGAAGGCACUGGCCUCUUGGAACAAACCAACUUUGACCACAAUGUAAAAGAAGUGAAGAAUGCCUACGAAGAGUACCUUCUGAGUUAUGGAGAGUUUGAUGAAAGGAUGUUUCUGAAUGAGGAUGAGGGUAAGGGUGUGGCAGGGGCGUCGCCACCUUCAACACACACCGUUCAUCACGACUCGCCCUUGGAUGCUGCAUCAAUGAGGCACGCCAAGCGCCACUUAGGCCAGUCAUUUGAGGGCGAUCAUCAUCUAGUGCCACAAACACCAAUCACGGGUCGUCGGUACACGAUAGAUCGUCCCACUGUCAGCAACAACCCACUGACUGUGGUUACCUCUGGUCUACAGAAACUAUAUGCCUUGCUAGCAGGCCGAAAGAACAGUCCCAGUGAAGAACUUGCGGAAAUUUUUGGAAGUUGCAAGGCAAACCCUGAAGAAAGGAUUGCUUCACUGAUAACAGAAUUAAGUGAAGAGUUCUGCAGCUUGUACACACAAGCCACAGAAGAUUAUACAGGUCCCAGUAUAGAGUUUGCUAAGAUGAGACUGCAAAUGGGUCAGAUGUUGUACUAUACAUUCUUGGAACACAUCUUAGUGGAUGAGAGAAGAAGAGGCAUUGAUCUCAUGGCACUUUUGAGAGAAGAUUUAUUUCACCGGACACUAUUUACCUGCUGCCUAGAAAUUGUUCUAAAGUCCUAUAACGACCCCAGAAGGUUUCCAUGGUCGUUACAAGUUGGUCGUGUAGAGCCUUACUACUUCAUAAGGAUCAUUGAACCAGUUAUACGGUCAGAAAAACAGUCAGACAAUCAACUGUCCAGAGAACUGGUUAAGCACCUUAAAGGAAUUGAGGAGCAGAUCCUGGACUCUCUGGCAUGGAAGGCUGAGUCACCACUGUGGCAGAUCCUCCUUCCUGGUAACAUGAACAUUCCUUCCUGCCAGGACGUCAACUUCUCCGACCAACUGGAGACUGAGAUCAACCCGGCCGUCACUUCCUCCAUCACUCUUGGGUCUAACCCAGUCUCUCCAGCUUCGAAACUAGUCAAUGAUAAGGCCAACAAUCUUCAGCUUUCACCACUGUCAACAAUAUCUGAAAGAUUCCAGUCACCAGUGGGUCAGUCAUCAGCUAGAAGAACAUUGUUUCCUGCAUCUACUUGCAGUUCCCUGGAGCCUCCAGCUACUCUAACUUUCACCAGAGCUGCUGGCCUCUGUAAUCGCUUAACUCCCGUCUCUACGGCAUCUCCCACUGUUCACAAGCCAUCCAGUAUUAUUACUGUUCAGGUUAAGGAGAAUGGAGUAACAACAUUAUAUACAGUGCCAACAAGUAAUACAGGCUCAGCAACCACUGGGGAUGGCAGUGAAGAGAGCCCCUUUGAGGGAGUGUCAGAAGCAACAAAUGUGGACAAGAAAAAAGAUAAACCCAAGAGACAUGGUUCUUUAGCACUCUUCUGUAGGAAGUUCUAUACAUUGGCCAACAGAGACUACAAACUUUGUGAUAGAUUAGAUAUCACUGACAAAAACUGA